GGACAGGAAAAUUAGAUAGUCUAACAUCAGUUAGUUAGUUGUGUUGUUGUGUUAGUCUGAGGUCAGACUGAAAGUUUACCUACAUUACUGGGCGAAACCAAGAUUUAUUGGAUAGGAUACCUGUUUCAAAUCCACCAGCUGUUGAACCGGUUUUUUGCAAACAAGCCUGCAUAAACAACAUGAUUAAAUCAGUUAGCAAGGACAAGGCCAGGGCUUGCUCUACAGUGAAUGAGGCAGUAGUGGACACAGAGACCUUAGUUUAGCUAUUGUCACUCAGUAUUCAUUCCUAUGACCAGUGUUAUUCGAAGUUAAGGUUAUGACUAGAUACAGCGUAGCGUAGACAUGUUGAUGUAAAAAACCAAUGACUCGGAGAUGCCUCUGCAACAAAAACCUAAUAAAAUUGCCCCGGACGGAGGAUGGGGCUGGAUAAUCAUACUGGGAUCAGGUCUCAUCAACCUCUGCACCCGAGCCGUAGAGCCAUCUUUUGGUUUGCUGUUUGGCGAUACUCUUAAGGAACUUGGGGUAGCAACAACUGGUGCAGCCUUUAUCAUGAGUGCUCGCGAUGCCACCAACAACUUUUCAGGAUUUCUUAUGGGUCCACUCUUGAAGAACUACUCAUACCGCAAAGUUGGUAUCCUUGGAGCAAUCCUGAGCAGUCUAGGUCUGAUAACAGCUGCUUCAGCUACUAGCAUGACUCACAUUCUGCUCACAUACAGCUUGGUUGGAGGCGUUGGUUUCGGACUGUCUUCCACUGCGGUCUUUGUUGCCUUGAACAGCUACUUUGUGAAGCGGCGAGGCCAAGCGUUUGGUCUAGCGAUGGCGGGGACCGGGCUCGGCUUCAUGCUGAUACCUCAGGUGGUGAGCAGACUGCUGAACGAGUAUGGGUUUCAUGGCACCAUGAUGAUCAUGGGAGCGCUGGGACUCAACGCCGUGGUUGGCUCAUGUCUGCUGCAACCGGUCAAGUGGCAUUUGAAAACUGUCAUUGUAGAAGAAGAGGAGGAGCUUGUACAUGAACGGAAACAGGGAGAAAUCAAAGCAAACCACCUUCACAAAUCCCAUUCAAGUAUCAAUGACGAUGCGGAGGCAUCUCUCAGGCUAAGCAUUGAAAAUGAGAUAAACAAAGAGACAACCAAUAAAAGCAAAUCAUCUAAUGAUGGGUGCUGGCAGAAGUUGGUCAGCAUUAUGGACCUGGAUUUGCUCUUGGAUCUCUCAUUUCUGAACACUCUGUUCGGCCUUUCCAUGGCGUAUCUGGCGGAGAUAAACUUCAAACUUGUGAUUCCGUUCUUCAUGGCCAAUCUUGGCUACACUAAGGCUGACACGGCUCAGGCCCUGAGUCUGAUGGCGGUCUCGGAUAUCUCUGCUCGUCUUCUCAUCCCUCCGAUCUUCGACAAGCUUCCAUUCACUCGUAGGAGCACUCUGGCCGUUGGAUUGGUUUUUGUGAUGAUCGCACGAUCAGUUCUAGCAGAGCAGACUUCAUGGAGGAACUUAAUCAUAACUAUUUUGAUUCACGGAUUCUUUCGUGGAUUCGCUUUGAUCAAUUUCCCACUGGUCAUAUCUGAAUCUGUGGUUAGAGAAAAGUUAGCCUCAGCCUAUGGUCUAUUUAUGGUCUCCAAGGGAAUAUUUGUGGUCUUCCUGGGACCUUUAGCUGGUUGGAUUAGAGACUUUACAGGCAGUUUCUCCAUAUGUCUUCACGCUCAGUCAGUUAUGCUCUUGAUUUGUAUAGUUUCUUGGAGUGUCGAGUAUUUGUUGAGCUCAAAAACAAAACUGAAAAAAGCCCAAUCUACAGAGCCUUCUUGAUAGCUUCAUAACUCUAGGAAUGUUGAACAGAUUGUAACAUGCGGGCCAACCUGCUGUAAUAAAAACUCACGUUCCUGUCUAACAGUUAAGACAUCAAGAAUAUGUUUUCAUAAAUAUUUUUGUGUAAAUGUAGUCUUAAGUUUACAAUUUAUGACUGUGAUAUUUAAAUGAUAAUAACAUAAAAAUAUUGUGUAGAUUGGAAAUUAAGAAUAUUUUUAAUGCAGCUAUACAAUCUUGAUUACAUCAAAAGCAUUUAUUUCACAAACAUACAUCUAUUAGUGCAGUACUUUUAUUUUAAAGGUAUAAAUAUACUUACUUCUGUAAGUAAUAAUACAUUUAAAACCAAAAAGGCAAAACUGAAUGUGACGACAUUAAAUGAGCUAAUUAAGUAUUACGAUGAUUUAAAAAAAAAAUAGGAUUUAAGUUUUAGUUACACUUUUAUUUUAAACUAAAAGUGAAUUUAAAAGUAGAUGGCCGUCCAAUCCAAUCCCAAAUGGUAAUCUUGAGUGAAACCGUUGACUUGGUCAAAAGUGAAACUAAUUAACAAUGACUAGGUAGUAUCAAGCAGAUGGUAAUUACAUAAACAUUAUAAUAAUGCUGAUAAUUUUUAUUUUAAAAUCAGGAGCUUAUGUGAGUUAUUUAAUGUGAUUUGUAAAUUCUACUUUCUACUUAAAUUAUCAAUUAACUUAGAAAUACAGAAAAAUAUAACAUAACUAAAAUAUUUUAAGACCGAAUAUCUUCCCUAUCCAACUAUGUUUGUAAGAGACUUGUCUGUAAAUUUAAGUCUCCUUCGAGUGUUUAUCGCAGCCAAGUUAGCUAGUUCAAAUCUAAGACCAACACAUUGUUCCUUACAUCUUCAUCCCUUCUAUUCCAACUGGCUCUUACCCCUAUGAGAGGAUCAAGAUGGCAAAGACCUAUGGCACUAUACUCUUUGGAAUUUUUACUUUCUCCCCCUAUACCAUAGUAUAUGGAGAAAGUAUUGUUUUCAUACAAAUUUUUGAGUCUGAGUUUUGAGUGGAUAUAUAUCCGUUUUCGGUCCCCCUGAACCUAACAAAUUGUAUCUCAAGGCGGUUUUUACAUUUUUUUGAAGUUUUGAUUUUUAAUGGUCAUUUUCCCAUACAUCCCACACAAUCCGGAAAAAUCAAACUUUCUUAAAAAUUACCAGAACGAUUUUGAUAAAAAUAUAGUGUAUUAUAGCCCUUUAAAUUCUGAAAAAAGAUUCUAUAACUCCCAUUGCUGUAUAAAUUGCGGGGCCAAAGUUAUUGUAACUUGUGUUAUCUUCCUAUGAAAAUUUCAUAAAUUAACAGAAAAUUGAAUUUUUGAAAAAAGCCUGUUUUUAUUAAAUUAUUAUGUGAUGGCCCUUAUAAUUCCAAACAAAAUAAUGCGAGCCCUCAUUGCUGUAAAAAUUAUGCUUCAAAAGUUAUUGCAACUUUUGUGAUGUUCCCUAUAAAAUAUAUCAUAGUUACUUAUACUGUUACCCAUGAUGAAGGUUGUUGGCAAGCUAAUGGGAGACCAUUUAUUUUUCCAAGUUCUGACAAAUUUAUUUAAUGUGAGGUGUGAGGGCUUUAGUCAAGUAUCAUUUAAAACGUGCAAAGUGACAGAAGACUGACACUCAGACCGCGAUCAAUGUGCAAAAUUUCCCUAAACUUAGCCUUUAUGCAUGAGAUAAACUGUGGAAAGCAUUGACAAUGACAACGUUGCAAAUUUUGCCGAUCACCUCCAAACUCCUUCCGCACCUUACUAACAUUUUAAUGUACAAAAACUUUCCUUAAUUCAUGUCUACAACCAUGAACUUCAAUGGUGGUUGAUGCCUUUACAACACAGAAAUCAUCACUAAAUGCAAUGUUUACUUGGCGAGAGCGUAAAUCUUCCUUCACGUUUUUGGCUACUGUGUGGAGACUAAUCGUCACAUUGGGAUGAGAAACUGAUAGAUGGUAGUGGAUGAAGAAGGGAGCAAGACGCUGGUGUCAGAUUUGAACCAGCUUAUUUUGAAUGCUAAGGGACAUGUUGGAUGCCAAGGAGACAUUAAUUCAUGAACAACCACCACGUAAUGUAAUGUAAUGUAUUGUUAAUGUAAUUGUUUAAAGAUAAAGUACAAACAAUAAAAAUUUUGAUUUUGACGAGUU